AUGAGUAAAGCCUAUUAUAGGCUCGAAUGGGACUUCAUCAAAUUGGUAUUACAGCGCUUCGGCUUUCAUCCGAAGUGGAUUAACUGGAUCAUGCAGUGUGUCUCUACAGUUACUUACUCCUUCUUCAUUAACGGCUCGCCUAGAGGAAGAGUCACACCGAGUAGAGGUAUCCGUCAAGGAGACCCUCUCUCACCAUACAUCUUCAUUAUGUGUAGUGAGGUUCUCUCGGGUCUAUGUAACAAAGCGCAAGAGGACGAAACCCUUAAAGGAGUCCGUGUAGCACGAGGGUGUCCUCGUCUCAACCAUCUCCUCUUCGCCGACGACACAAUGUUCUUCCUUCGAGCAAGCAAGGAAAGUGGAGAGGCUCUAUGCCGGUUAUUGAAGCGCUAUGAAGAGGCUUCCGGACAGUCAAUCAACACUGAAAAAUCGUCGAUCAAUUUCUCUAGACACGCCCCGGUAGCUCUAAAACGGCUGUCAAAGACGCUCUCUCGAUCCAGAAGAGGGAGGUAUCGGAAAAUAUCUUGGGCUUCCAGAGCUGCUCGGAAGGAAAAGAGAGACUUAUUCUCAUCAUUAGUGGACCGCAUAAAGCAAAAGGCCUGCGGGUGGUCAAACCGUUUCUUAUCGACAGCCGGGAAGAUGACUAUGCUCACAAAGAAUUCAAUCAGCGUUAACACGCUUCUGGUGGACACGAACAUGGGAGACAAGAAGAUGGCAUGGAUUGCUUGGUCUAAGCUGGUGCAACCCAAGGAAAGUGGAGUUGGAGGCUCAUCAAUCGUCCCGACUCCCUACUUGGCGAGUCCUGUUUGGGAAGUAUUGCAACUCCGAAAGCUUCUUAGAAUGCUCAGAGAAAACGGCAAUCUCCCAUGGAUGGAGGGGGAUUCUAAUUGGUCGCGAUAUCAUCAUCAACUCUGCAGGCUGGGAAGUAGGCAAUGGCUUCAGCAUCAACAUCUGGAAAAACCAUGGCUCAGUUGCUCCACACAGCUGAGACCUAUGGGGCCACCACCGAGAGAAUUCUCCCAGCUCACAGUGUCGGAUCUCAUGCUCCCGGACCGAAAUGAGUGGGAUAUUGAUAUGAUCCAGCGAGUGCUUCCUUUCGAGGAACAGAGGAUCCUAGCCAUUAAGCCAAGUUUAACCGGGGCUCCGGAUAAACUCUCUUGGCUGAGCACGGAUACAGGAGAUUAUUCGACAAAAACCAGAUACAAAGCAGUCCUUUCCUCUCGAAGUGUAGAGGAUGCAUGGAGUAUAGAGGAUGGUUCUUUCGAUUGGAAGAAGAGUGUUUGGAAGCUUCAAACAACACCGAAGAUCAAAUUGUUCAUCUGGAAAGCUCUUCAUGGAGCAUUACCCGUUAGCGAAGCUCUCAAAGCCAGGGGAAUCAACACUGAUGGACAAUGCAAACGAUGUAUAUGCCUGAAUCUAUUGAUCAUCUGCUCUUUCAUUGCUCCUAUGCUAGACAGUUUGGAAAUCAGCCCCUGUCUCCCCAAGCAUUGA